UGCUUCCGAGUUGUUGGCAGCACCAGCAAGCCGGUUUUAAAUUUACUGAUUGAUCUCCAUUUUCAAAUUGCAAUACAGAUUCGUCAUUUGACUUGACUUUGUAGGCGCCAUUUUGUGGCGGCUUUAACAUGAGAGGCCGAGGUGUUCCCGGUAUGAGAGGCAGAGGUGGACCACCACGGGGCGGUGGAAUGCCGCCACGUGGCGGUCCUCGUGGUGGAUUCCGCGGAGCGCCCAUGCGUGGCGGUCCUCGUGGUGGAUUCCGCGGAGCGCCUAUGCGUGGCGGCGGCGAUCGCGGUGGCCGCUUCCCACCGGGGCCUCAAGGUCCUGGCCCACACCCAGUUCCUACAAUAGAAAGCAGGGGACCUCCACAAAGAGGUGGAUUUGGCAAUAACCGAGGUGGUCCCGGUGGUAUGAGAGGCCGUGGGGGCUUUGCACCUCGCGGAGACAGGGGUGGCCCACCACACAUGAGGGGUAGGGGAGGUAGGGGUGGUGGCCCUAUGGGUGGUCCCCCAGUAGGGCCUCCCAUGCAUGACCUACAUGAGCCCAGUGGUCCACGACCUAUGCCUCAAGGAGCCCCUGCACCCGCACCCUACAAACGAACAAGUGGGCCACCACAUGGAGGAGGACUGGGAGCACCUAAACGUGGAAGGUUUGAUGGCCCCCGUGGUGGUGGUGGUGGUGGCAGACCCUCAGCGGGAGGUUACCAGCCCCCACAACACAAUCCAGCCCCACAGCCCAAUGGAUAUGAGCCAGUUCAUACAGGAUACCAACCUUACGAACAGCCACCGGCCGACCCAUAUGCGGCACCUUCAUACACCUCAAACUCCUAUCAAGGAGGCAGUUACUCAUCUCCGGCUCCAGCGCCAGCUUCGACGGGAUACAAUUCGGGAUACGGCUCUAACUAUGGCUACUCAACAGGCCAAGGGGGAUAUGAAAAUGAUAAUUACAGUAAUUCUGGUGGGGCCGGAGACGCGGGCUACGGAGCCAGCGAACCGGCCUACACGGCCCAAGAAUACGACUCGUAUGGUCAGCCCGUAUACCCAUACCAACAACAACAACAACAACACCAACAACCCCAACAGUACAACGCUAACUAUGGCAGUUGGUGAUUGAUAAAGAAACUUAAUGUCACAAAAUGUUGGAUUAAAACAAGAAUGGAUGUAAUUGUAUUGUGAAAUAGUACAUUAUGUAAUAAUACAGUGGUAAAAUUACCAUUUCUAGAAAUUAAGAAAUAAAAUAAUGUGAAUGAA